AUGCUCUACGCUAUGCGGUUUCUGGCACUGCUUGUGCCAAACUUGUAUGCCGCGACCGCGCGAUCCCUGGACUUUGACCCCAUAGGAUACGUCGACCAACUCAUAGGAUCCGUCAAUGGCGGGCAUGUCUUCGCGGGGGCAACGCGUCCAUACGGCAUGGCUAAAGCUGUGGCCGAUGUGGAUGGCCAGAAAACAUCUGGCUUCUCGACUGACGGCAGUAAAGUGACCGGCUUCUCCCACAUGCAUGAUUCUGGAACUGGAGGGAAUCCGUCGCUGGGUAAUUUUCCUCUUUUCCCGCAACAAUGCGCCAGCGAUGACAUUAAUACCUGCAAAUUUUCGAAAGCCGCGAGGGCUGUGCAUUACAAUGCUGGCUCCAUCAAGACGACUCCUGGCUAUUUUGCGUUAACAUUGGCCAAUGGCAUCGAUGCAGAGAUGACUGUUACAGAUCAUGCUGCGCUAUACCGUUUUGCCUUCCCGCAUUCGACUGAUCGUGAUGAUGAAAAUAAUCCCGUCAUACUCUUAGACUUGACCGAUUUGAACGACAGCAGACAAAAUGCGUCAGUCCUUGUUGAGAGCAGUGGGAAGAUCACGGCAAACGGGACCUUCCUCCCCAGCUUUGGCAGCGGAUCCUUUGUUUCUCACGUCUGUGUCGACUUUGCUGGCGCUGAUAUUCGUGAUACUGGUAUCUUCGUUGACGACCGGGCCGGAACAGUUCCCAAGUCGAUUUUCGUCACGCGUGGUAUCAAUUUAUACUAUAUUAGAGCUGGUGCAUUCGUGAGAUUUAUGCCCGCCAACAGGACCACUAUAUCCGCUCGAGUGGGUGUUAGCUUGAUCAGCGCGGAUCGAGCAUGCCAGAAUGCCGAGAAAGAAAUACCCAACAUUCUAGGAAAUUUCGACGACCUCAAGAAAAGUGCAGAGAAUGCAUGGAGGACAAAAUUAGAAUCCGUAAGCGUGACACCCGGCGGAGCCAGUGAAAACUUGCAGCGCGUCUUCUGGAGUGCUAUCUAUCGAACGAUGAUAUCCCCGCAGGACUACACUGGUGAGAACCCACUAUGGGAAAGCGAUGAGCCGUAUUUUGAUUCAUUCUAUUGCAUAUGGGACUCCUUUCGUUCACAACUACCGCUCCUGGCCAUCCUUGACCCUGCUGCAUUGGCGAAAAUGAUACGCAGUUUGCUCGACACAUACAAGUACGAAGGCUGGCUCCCGGACUGCCGGAUGAGUCUAUGCAAAGGGUUCACUCAAGGCGGGUCAAGUGCAGACAUUGUCCUUGCGGAUGCCUAUUUGAAGAAUGUGACCCAAAACAUUGAUUGGAAUUUGGCUUACCAGGCAGUUGUCAAGGAUGCCGAACAGGAGCCUCUAGACUGGUCUAAUGAAGGACGAGGCGGGCUCAUGAGCUGGAAGUCCCUGGGCUAUAUACCUGCAAUGGAUUUCGACUAUCUCGGUUUCGGAACGAAUUCAAGAAGCAUCUCCCGCACCCUGGAAUAUGCUUAUAACGAUUACUGCAUCGCAACGUUGGCCAAAGCGCUUGGGAAGAGUGAGUCAGAUUACAGCAAGUAUAUGCAAAGCUCUGGAAAUUGGAGGAAUCUUUUCAAGGAGGAUCAGACCUCGUUUAUCAACGGUCGAGACACCGGUUUCGUUGGCUUCCUACAGCCAAGAUUUCUGAAUCGGACCUGGGGAUAUCAAGAUCCUAUUCUUUGCAGUUCCCUUGACAAAUUCUGCUCGUUGACCUCGAAUCCCCAGGAGACAUUUGAAGCUAGCAUUUGGGACUACCAGUUCUUCGUUCCGCAUGACAUAUCCGCCCUUAUCGAGCUAUUUGGUGGUCCUAUGAACUUCAUAAAGCGCCUGGACUAUCUCCACGAUGCUCGAAUCCUAGACAUCGGCAAUGAACCAUCCUUCCUAUCCACCCUCCUCUACCACUACGCCGGACGGCCAGGCCUGUCCGCCAAACGGAUCCAUUCUUACAUCCCCUCCCGCUUCAAUGCCUCCCGAAACGGCCUCCCGGGCAACGACGACUCAGGCGCCAUGGGAAGUUUCACGGUCUUCACGAUGAUGGGCCUCUUCCCCAACCCCGGGCAGAACGUGUACUUGAUCACACCUCCCUUCUUCGAAUCCGUAUCGAUCACCCAUCCGCUCACGAACAAGACCUGCACGGUGCGGAAUGUUGACUUCGAUCCGGGUUAUGAGCGCAUUUAUAUCCAGAACGCAACGUUGAACGGGAAGCCGUAUGGGAAGAAUUGGAUCGGCCAUGAGUUCUUUCUGGAGGGUAUGACGUUGGAACUCACGCUUGGAGCGACGGAGAGUGAGUGGGGAACGAAGCUGGGAGACGUUCCCCCCAGCGCUAAUGUGGGAAGGGCUCCGUUGAUGGGAUAUUCGGGCGGCGAGUGGGUGAUGUGA